CACGUUACGACGCUACUCGGCAAUUUACGGUGGAUGACGUUAGAGAGCUGCUGCCGUAAACCGGUCCACUGGUUCCCAGCAGAAUUGUGCAGAUGUUUUAGUCGCGGAUCAACCGUUACAACAGACUUACAAACUGAUGGACAAGACGACAUGAUACAGAAUGACACUGAGGAUGAUGAUAUUUGGGUUGCCAGCGAUGACAAUGAAGAGGCAGCUCCGAUGAGGUGUAGCUUCUCUGUAGAAGACCUCCUGGAUGAGGUGGAGAAGAUUUGUUAUGAUGCUUCGGGAACAUCCAAGGUUGAGAUGGUGGUCCGCCUCUGGAAGGACGGCUUCACCGUUAAUGACCAGGAGUUCCGCAGCUAUUCAAUCCCUGCAAACCAGGAAUUCUUGGAUGCCAUCAAAAGGGGGGAACUUCCAGCGGAGUGGGUGAGCCGAGCAGAGGAGGAGGAGUUGGAGGUCAAUGUGGAGGUUCUGACGGAUGAAGAGUACGUUCCCAGGAAGAAGGUUUUCUACCCUUUCAGUGGAAGAGGAUACCGGCUCGGCAGCGUGGCGCCCCGAGUGGUGGCCCGCUCGCCGUCGGUGCACGAAGACGGCGAAUCCCUCCCCAUCCCCAUGGUAACCCUGGACCACGCCCUGCCAGUCACGUCUCUGCAGCUGUGGUUGGCCGACGGUCGCAGGCUGGUGCAGCGCUUCAACCUAUCGCAUCGGAUCGUAGAUGUCCACGACUUUGUGUCGCGCUGCCAGAGGAGCUGCCCGCCCUUCAUCUUGACUACGUCACUUCCCAUGCGAGAGCUCCACGACAAAGACCUGAGCAUCGAAGCGGCGGACUUGGCCAACGCCGUCAUUGUCCAGCGACCCCUCAACACGCACCCCCCCUUUGCACCAUAAUCCACCGCUCACCUUAAAUACAUAAAUGCACCCCAAAAAAGUCUUUCCAAACUGUGAGAACCAUUUUUAUGCACUUUUUAAAGCCAGACACUACAAGCAUGUUUAGGUUUACAUUAAAUGUUUGCCUUGGUUUUUAGACAUCUACUCAGUUUUUGAAUGUAUCAUAUGUGCCUGCAUCGUUUCCAUCAAAUACAUGUCUUAAAAAAAACAA